AUGGAGCAGGGGCCGGCGGGGGGGUCCGCCGCAGCCGCCGGCACCGCUACCGGCACCGGGGGUCUGCUCCUGCCGCUGAGCGAGAGCGAGCAGCAGCGCUACUCCGAGCUCUUCUCGCGGUGCUGCCCGCCCCCCGAGGCGGCCGCCGGGGGCAGCAGCGUGGGCGAGCUGUUCCGGGCCUCCCAGCUGCCCCCGGACACGCUGCACCAGAUUACAGAAGUUUGUGGAGCCAAGCGUGUGGGUUAUUUUGGUCCUGCUCAAUUUUAUAUUGCUUUGAAGUUAAUUGCAGCAGCGCAGUCAGGGUUCCCAGUACGGAUUGAGAGCAUUAAGAAUGAAUUGCCUCUGCCGCGGUUUAUGGCGCUGAAAAAUGACAGUGAAGUACGUUACGGGACUCCAGCAGAACUCCAUGGAGUUAAAUUUCAGGUUCCACAUGCAACUUUGGAAAAAAAUUCCUACAAAAGAACAGAUGAAGGGGACAAACAGGAACCCAAGUCUCCACCGAUGUCUCCAAUCUGCUCACCUCCUGCUUCUCCAUCUACUUACCAGAGAAUACCCUUAAGUUACGGAUAUGGUAAAUCAAGAAGUGGGCUGGAGCAGCAGCAUGGAGCUCCUUAUGAAGUCAGACACUCUACUCACCAGCAAGAUGGACCAUCAUCAGGGAAUUAUGGAGCCAAACCUGCACUUGCCUGUUCAACUCUUAAUCGGUCUCUUUCAGCGGAGCGGGAGCAGCAGGACAGCAGCACCCACUACUCGGAUGACCCUUGGAGGAUAACGGAGGAGCAGCGAGACUACUACAUCAACCAGUUCAGGUCCCUGCAGCCCGACCUGAACUCCUUUAUUUCAGGUUCCGUGGCAAAGAAUUUCUUCACAAAAUCAAAGCUGCCCAUCCCAGAGCUUUCUCACAUCUGGGAGCUGAGCGACGUGGAUUGUGACGGGGCGCUGACACUCCCGGAGUUCUGUGCCGCUUUCCACCUCGUGGUUGCGAGGAAGAACGGUUACCAGCUGCCGGAGACGCUGCCGGAGACCCUGCUGCCCGAGUACCUUCAAGCAGCUUCUUUGAAGCCCAUGCGUGACUGUGCACUCUUUGAUUCUUAUUCUGAGUCAUUGCCAGGUGGUCAGCAGACUCGGGACUUCAGUCGGACGGAGAAGGCAUCAGCUGAAGAGGUACCUGAUAACUCUGCCCUGUUACAAGAUGCAAAGAAAGAUGAUAAACAAGCUCUUAAAGUAAGCACUGCUCUCAAAACGAUACCAAAGGAAUUUCAGCACUUGACUGUGAAAACAGCUGCUCAGGAAUCUAAUGCACUUAAAGCCAGACCACGAUCCAGGUCUUAUUCUAGCACAUCAAUAGAAGAUGCCAUGAAAAAGGGAGAAGAGCCCCCUACUCCACCUCCAAGGCCACAGAAAUCACAUUCCAGAGCUUCCUCUUUGGAUCUGAACAAAAUAUUUCAACAAAACACACAAGCUGUGAGGUCUGGCUGGCUGCCCCCACCACCGCCUGCACUGCCCCCUCGACCUUCCGUAUCUCAGACAGAGCAACCAUCUGAGGUUGAAUUACAUCCUCAGAUGAAUAGACCCCCAUCGCAGGCAGAAGAAAACAGUUCAGCAAAAAAGGAGGCUGUUCUCGCUCAGCCGCCCUCCAAACCUGCCCGCAGGAAGCUCCGGACGGAGGCGCAGGGGCUGGAGACCCCCGAGCUUUCUCCCACUAUAAAUGUGACUUCUUCUCUGCCGGCAGUCAAGCCUCACCUCCCAGUCCAAAAACAGUCUUCCAAGCAGAAAAGGGCUAUUCAGACUGCUAUACGAAAAAACAAAGAAGCCAAUGCUGUGCUCGCCAGGUUGAACAGUGAACUCCAGCAGCAGCUGAAGGAGGUUCACAAGGAACGAAUUGCCUUGGAAACGCAGCUGGAACAGCUACGUCCCGUCACCGUCUUGUGACUUCCCGCACCGCCGUGCAGCGGCAAGAGCGGAGCAGGCGUCCCGACAGCCUUGCGAGGAGAGGAGCGCGGCGCGGCUGAGCAGGGUUUCUGCCAAGGUGGUGGUGGUGGGGAGGACCGGCUUGUUGGGUCUCCCAUCACCACGCUGCGCACGUUUGCCUUUGCAGGUGAAGAAGGUACAGAAAACAAAUAUCUGACUGCUGGAUAUUUCUGAGCGGGGGGAUGCUUCGCCUUCUUCCCUCGCUCUUCCCAGCCUAAUGUGUAAAUGCAGUUUAUCACUGAAAUUAAUAACGUGAGAGUAUUUUAUUUAUGUAACGAAUUCCUGAUUGAUAUGCGUUCCGGCAGCACAUCCUGCCCCGAUCAUGAAGAGGUACAGCAUUCCUGAAUUCUUGCUUAAAUUUAAAACUCAUCCUCUGAGAUGGACUUCUGGAUGUUACUGAUUCCUGUAGGAUUGUAUCAUGGUAGAGUACCUGUGGCUUUAAUGUACUACAGGAAUAAAACUCACUAGAUUUACAGAGUCCUUAUCCGCAAUCACACGUCAGAUAAUUAUUUUCUUAGUACUGUUUAUUAUGCAGUCAUGGAUAUAUUUUAAUGUUAGAGAACUUGUAUUUUAUAAGUUCAAAUCAUAUGAGAGAAGAGUAAAAAAUACUAAAAUUUAAUUAUUUUGGAAAUUACAAAAAAAAAAAAUCUGUUUUUUGAGCUAUAACUGUUUCCUGUCACCAGUGUUUGAUCACUUGCUUGCAACUGCCAGUGUCUCUGCAUACUUUUAGCAUGUUUGAGAUCACUGGUUUAUAGUGCUUUUUUU